CAUUCUUUGCCAGCGAUCAAGUGACUCAAGCGAGACAAGACUGCGAUCAGUCUACGUCUGAACGCCGAUUUAUCCAAAUACUUAUAUCUUACGAUUCCAGUUUUCCGUUAUCUAACCAUGUCUAAUCGCAAUCUGGUUAAAGUCUUUCUCCUGGUGGCAUUGCUCGGCUUGAGUUUAAUGCCAUUUAGCCAAGCACUUCCAAAACGAGGUCGUAAGCGGUCCUUCGGCUUGGGUCUUGCGGGUGGAGUUUUAGCUGGAGGAGCUUUAGGCGCCCUUGCUGUCAGGGCCCAUCAGGCUCCAGCUGCCGCACCCGCUCCUCCGGUGGCGGUCGUCCAUCACCACUAUCCUGCAGGUGUCCCUGCUCCCGUUGCUGUGGUGGAACCAGUCCGUCCAGAUUCCAGGAAGACGACCGUCAUCGAGACCGGCACCCCCGAUGCCAAUGGAUGCUACAAGCAAACCAUCCGGGAACCCAAUCCCAACAAUCCAAAGUCCUACACGGAAACGCAGCAUCUGAUUUGUCCCACGCUGCAGCAGGCCAACCAGCCAGCUCCUGCGAUUGCCCCAAGUCCUGCUCACGUUCCUGUGAUGCCGCAGCCCUUGCCGGUGUUCCCUGCUCCCGUGGCAGGACCUCCUGCUCCUGCUGCUGCUCCUGCUGCCCCUGCUGCUCCUGCUGCUCCUGCUGCCCCUGCUGCAGUGGCUCCAGCUCCCGUCCCAGGUGCACUCGCUCCUGCUGCUCCUGUAGCCGUCCAUCCUGCUGCAGUUCCUGUGGCUGUUCCAGCUCCCGCUCCGGUUGCCCCCGCUGUUCACCCCAGUGCUGGACAGCCCCAAGUGAUCCUACUGUCCAAGAAAACCGUGUACUACCCUAAAAAGCGAUCAUCAGCACCCACACUCAACAUUCCCCAGGGAGUGCUAACGAUGCUGGUGAUCUUCUACAGCAUCAAGGCUCUUAUAAUUUAAAUCAAGAAUCGUUUCUCUUUAUUAAGUUUUUUUCAGUUUCAAAUGAAUAAUCUUUUCGUUGUGCGUCUUACUUAGUGUCCUUUAAUAAAAC